GGAGGGGGAGAAUCCAAUCCGGUUUGAGCUAGUUUUCUUCCAAUGGAACAUUAAGUCUCGCAGCGCUGUAUUAGAUUGCACUGGUGCAGCUUUAGCCAGAAUAUACAACAGUGUGUUUUUCUCCCGUGACCAGUAACAUUUAGCCAUUUUUUUUUUCCUCCUUUAAAAAAAAACAACAACCAAAAACCCCCCCAAACACAAACCAACCAUGCCUAAAAGGAGCACAGCAAAUGCAGGAUGUGACUCAGCGCCUAAGAGGAGAUCUCCCAGGUUGAUAGAUAAACCUGCAGCUGCAGAGCCCAAACCUAAGCCAAAGAAGGCACCUGCUAAGCCUAAGAAAGCCAAGGAGGUGGAGAAGGCCAAGCCUGAGGAGAAAGCACCAGAAGCCCCUGCUGAGAAUGGCGAAGCCAAAGCUGAGGCCGAGGCACCGGCUACAGACGAAGCUGAAGAAAAAAAUGAGGCAGAAUAACAUUUCGCAAACCACGUCUUUUACCAGUGCUCCCUGUACCUCUUUUCUUGUACAAUUCAGGGGAUAUUUUUAUCAACUAUUUUCUAAAUACAGGUUUUUUAGUAGUUUGAUUGUAGAGAACACUUUUUUUUAAUGAAAAAAAAAGUCAAUUUGGAGACAGGAAUUUCAUCACAUCCCACAAUUUUGCAUCGCCAUAAAUAUUGCGGUCAUUGUUGUUGCUGUCAGUGGACUUCAUUUGAGUUUUAAAUGUGAAGGAAGGGAGGGUGCGGGACAGGUUACCACGUCAACACGCAAGCACGGCAUUCACAGGAGCAGGGGCAACAACUGGAAGAGCUUGCCUGCGUGGAUUACAUUCCAUAUGCUUUACAAGGGACAGUGUAUGUAAUCUGUGCUGGGUGGGGAUGGACAAAGUCACUCGGCAACUCAUUGUUUUAUUGUUUUUAAUGAGAAACAGUGUUUUAGAAUGUUUGUAAGCUUCGUUCCUAUAUGUUAACUCUUGUACUCAUGCAGUUUUUCUUAACGAACCUGAUCAAUAAACCUAAAAUCCCUAGUACUGGAGCUCUCCCUAUCAGAACUGUGCAUCGCGUGUGUUGGUUUUGUCUCUGUUCUGUGAUAGCAUCGCAAUAAAUUUGUAUAGCUGCUGUGAAAAGGGUUUUCAAUCUUUCUAUAUGCAGUGUGUAAUGGUACAUUGUAAGGAUGGUAAAAAUGGAAUUUGUUUUCUUAGCCAAGCUAAUGAGGUGUGUAACCAUAUAAAAAACACUGUUGAGGCUGGAUUUUUAGGCCAACAGUAAAACUGUACAUUUAUUUGAGAUGUCAAAUGCAUACCAGCAGUAGCAAUAUUCAUGUGGGUGUUAGGUAUCUGUAUCAAGUACAAGUGUGCAGUUUCUUUUUAUCUGUUUAUAGAUGUACCUGUGUAAUGAUUGUUAUCAACAAACCAAUAAAACUUGGUUGGUAGUU